CAGAUUCACAGAGGGGCCGAGGCGCAGGGACCCUGGAAGGUUUCUCGCUCUUUUUUUUUUUUAAUAUUCUCCCUCACUGUCGACAAGUUUUAAAAUUCACACCAAGAGUGUCCAGUGAAAGUCCGGCUUCUGGUUUAAUACCAGCCGAUGCGUUCAGCAGUUUCCGGAUAAUUUGUUGUUUUCUGACUUUUGACAGAGGUCGUUCACUGAGCGCAACAACUGUUCCAGAGCACAGUUUGGAUUAUUCAGUGGACGUGUGUUGGUCAGGGCAGCUUUACUUCGUCUGAGACAGACUUCAUCUAAAAGUUUGGACUGCUGUCAACGCACACUUCUCCGUGUCUUCUAGGUAUGCCUGUGGACAUCAGUGUGUCCCCGGACAGGUAACCAGGUGUGUUGCUGCCGUCAUGGCCUUGCCAAACCUGCGGCUGUUUCCUGUCACUGUGAUCACAGUCCUGGUGGCGCUGGUGUCGUCUUCAGGAGACCAUGAGUGGCACUUUAACCCAGCUCAGUGUCGUUACGCCCUGGGGAUGGAGGAUGGCACCAUCCCAGACUCUGACAUCACUGCCUCCAGCGCCUGGUCAGAUUCCACUGAGGCCAAACAUGGAAGGUUGAGUACUGGAGAGGGGGAUGGAGCGUGGUGCCCUGCAGGAGCUGUUUUCCCCAGCGGAGCAGAAUACCUUCAGAUAGAUCUGCGCAAACUCCACUUCCUGGCUCUGGUUGGUACCCAGGGUCGUCAUGCCGACGGGCACGGGCAGGAGUUUGCCCGCAGUUAUCGGCUCCGCUAUUCCAGAAACGGAGUGAAAUGGAUUACCUGGAAGGACCGCUGGGGCCAGGAAGUGGUGUCAGGGAAUGAAAAUACCUAUGAUGUUGUGCUGAAAGAUCUCGGCCCUCCCAUCGUGGCCCGCAUGGUGCGCUUCUACCCUCUGGCCGACCGGGUUAUGAGUGUUUGCCUUCGGGUGGAGCUCUAUGGCUGUGUGUGGAACGAUGGGUUGAAGGCUUACACAGCUCCAGUGGGUCACGUCAUGCACCUGUCUGGCAUGCCUGUUUAUCUGAACGACUCCACCUACGAUGGGGGCACUGAGCAAGGGAUGCAGUUUGGAGGCUUGGGUCAGCUGUGUGACGGCGUCCUGGGAGGAGAUGACUUCAUACAAACCAAAGAGCUAAGGGUUUGGCCUGGGUAUGACUACCUGGGCUGGAGCCGCGAAGCCCUUGGGCAAGGCAGCGUGGAUAUUGAGUUCGACUUUGAGAAACCACGUGUCUUCCACAACAUGCAGGUGCACAGUAACAACCGCCACACUCAGGGCGUCCGAGUCUUCAGCAAGGUAGAGUGUCUUUUUAAGCCUGGCAUCCUCCAGCAGUGGUCCCCCGAGCUCACUCUGCCCGUGCCCCUUGAGGAUCUUAAAGACCCCUCCUCUCGACCUAUCUCCCUCCCACUGGGUGGCCGGCUGGCUCAGAUCCUCCGCUGCAAAUUCCACUUUGCUGACCGCUGGCUACUCAUCAGCGAGAUAUCUUUCCUCUCUGAGCCGUUUGAGGAGGACGUCACAGACACUGAUUCAUUUCCUCCUAAUCUUCCCAAGAUUCCCACCACCAGCUCCUCUCCUCCUCCCGUCAACCACACCUCCUCCUCUCCCACGUCGAGCCACAGCUCCUCCAACACCACCACCACCACCAGCCCAUCUGAACCCCCCACCACCACCUCCUUCAUGACGGACACCACUGGUAACUGGACGCUGUCAGAUGCAGAAUUUGGUGCCAACACUCCAAGGGCGGGGCUUCCUGUAGCCAAGGAUGACAGCAGUAAUACAGCUAUUCUGAUUGGCUGCCUGGUGGGCAUCAUCCUGCUGCUGCUGGCUGUGAUAGCUGUCAUUCUGUGGAGGCAGUACUGGAAAAAGAUACUGGGCAAGGCCCAGGGUAGUCUAUCCAGUGAUGAGCUGCGGGUUCACCUGUCUGUCCCCUCGGACAACGUGGUCAUCAACAACACACACAGCUACUCAAGCCGCUACCAGCGCAUCCACACUUUCCCCGACGACCGCGACCAUGACAGAGAGGGAGAAGGAGAGUACCAAGAGCCCAUCGCUCUGCUGCGGCCUAGGGAUCACAGAGACAGCACAGAUCACAGGAAAAGUUCGAGACCUCUUGUCGUCUCCAGCCCCACUCAGGCUCAGGAAAAGAGCCUCAAUGUGCCCCAGGCCUGUGGUUUGGACAUGGACAUGGAGAAGGGUUUCCCCCCAACUCAGGAGGAGCCUCCUCCCUACCCUGGCUCCCCUCCGUACCCCUCCCUGUCUCCUCCUGUGUCCCCCCCACUGCCUCCCAGCGUUCCUCAUUACGCUGAAGCAGACAUCGUGAGCCUACAGGGAGUCAGCGGUAACAACACCUACGCCGUGCCCGCCUUGGCCUCCUCAAGCCCCGGGGCUGACGCCGCCCCGCUGCCAGAGCUGCCACGCCAGUGUCUCAUCUUCAAGGAGAAGCUGGGAGAAGGACAGUUUGGAGAGGUGCACCUGUGUGAAAUUGAAAACCCCCAGGACCUUCCCAACUUGGAGUUCCCCUUCAAUGUGAGAAAAGGUCGCCCUCUUCUGGUAGCAGUGAAGAUCCUGCGCCCAGACGCCUCCAAGAAUGCCAGGAACGACUUCCUGAAAGAGGUGAAGAUCCUGUCUCGCCUGAAGGAUCCAAACAUAAUCCGUCUGCUGGGAGUGUGUGUGAGCAGUGAUCCUCUCUGUAUGGUCACUGAGUACAUGGAAUGUGGAGACUUGAAUCAGUAUCUGUCUCACCGAGUGCUUCUGGAUAAGACAGGGCCUUCACACAACACCCCGACCAUCAGUUACCCUGCUCUCAUCUCCAUGGCCAGCCAGAUUGCAUCGGGAAUGAAGUUCCUCUCCUCCCUCAACUUUGUGCACCGGGACCUGGCCACACGUAACUGUCUGGUUGGGGGUGAGAGGGGUGAGUGCGGAGAGGACCGGGGCGGUGAGCGUCACAUCAAGAUAGCUGACUUUGGCAUGAGCAGGAACUUGUAUGCUGGAGAUUACUACAGGAUCCAGGGCAGAGCUGUGCUGCCAAUACGCUGGAUGGCCUGGGAGUGUAUACUCAUGGGUAAGUUCACUACGGCCAGCGAUGUGUGGGCGUUUGGGGUCACUCUGUGGGAGAUGCUGAGCGUUUGUCAGGAGCAGCCGUACUCCAACCUCACAGAUGAGCAAGUCAUCGACAAUGCUGGGGAGUUCUUCAGAGACCAGGGCAGACAGGUGUAUUUGAGCAGGCCAGCUGUGUGUCCUCAGGGUCUCUACGAGCUUAUGUUGAGCUGCUGGAACAGAGACUGCAAGCUCCGCCCGUCCUUUGCCGACAUCCACUCCUUUCUUACUGAGGAUGCCAUGAACAUGGUGUAAAGAGAGGAACAGCACCACGACAAAGGCAGCAUUAAAGAGGGGAAACGUCUUGUACGUUUAUGCAGCAAUGCUACGGUGGGAAUGUGUGGUGGAGGUGCUGCACAGGAGAGGCAGAUGAGAAAAGAGAGUGGGUUGCUCGCUUUGAUAUUUGUACUUUUUUGGGUGGCUGGGGCUGAGACACCGCUGGUUCGGUUUAUUUCCACAUCAGACCCCCGAUCCCAAAUCCAACUCCAGCUUUAGACAGCUAACAGUCUGCUACAUUUCACAGGUGGUGGGUGCAGUCUGCAUAGGAACUUUCUCUCUUCUCAGUUACUUUAACAGACAAGGAGGGUUUGUGUGACUGGUGAUUAAGUGCCGUGGAGUUAAUGACACAGGAAGCUGCAGAGGCUUAAUGACAGAAAAUACUCCAAACUAGGAAGCUGGCAAAUGAACGGUUAUUAAGUUUCAUUACUUUUAUUUAUCCAUGUUGAAUGCUACAUUUAGGGUUACAGGUGAUGGUGCAUAGGACACACAAACUUCUCUAGACAGCACACCUAUGGGUCAGACAUGAAAGUGCACACACAGGGAUUGUCUUAGUAUUUAUAGUAUGUAUAGGCUACUGUACACGUUAGUCUAAUGCAUAUGAUUACUCCACACUUCAGCCCCUUUUGCCCAUCUAAGACAAAAAAUGAUAGUUCUGUAAAAGUCUAUGAAAAGAUUCAGACAUGGCUGAUGGCUGUCUAGAACAUGAGUGAUCUCACCAUGUUUGCCGACCCCUCAGCAGUCCUUUGUCUCAACCCCAAAACCGUACAUGGUGACCCACGUCCAUAGCUGUAACUCAAAGGACUAAAGGUAAAUGAUGUAGACCAGACAAGAGCAGCCCCCUUUAUGCGAUGCAUCAAGUUAGCUCUCAACCACCGCCCACCCCAUUGUAGUUGAAAAGCCCAAGCAGUUUCUUAACCCCAUCAUAGAGCCACAGAGAGAGGAGCUGUGUCCCUGGUGCCAAAUGGACUUCUCAAACCUGAGGAAACAGGCACAGAAGAGGAGGAUCUGCUGCUGCCGGCGAUAGGCGACCCACAAACUGGAACAGCUUUUCCAAGCAGAGAGACAAUGCUGCCAGCCGGGGCAGUGGACGGGACAUCUUCAGAUGCGCCUGCUCAGGUGUUUUGGCAAUUUCUUUUGUAUCUGGCUGCAACCCAGACACAAAGGAUAGACGUAAAAUUCCACAACCAGCUGCACUUUAAAUCCUCCAUGCAUAUCCCCGGCCCUGAUGAAACUCUUCUCUGUGAGGGGGCCUGAUAUGAUUCCUGUUGAUGUGGAUUCUUAUCACUUGUAGUGAUUUCAGUUAUUUGCCAAGGGAGAUAAAAAUUCAGGACAGUCUGUCUGCCUUGUUAAAUCCUCCCCCACAAGGCAUUGCCAACCAUGAGAUGUAAAAUAUUAUCUAAAAAAAUGGAAUGGCACCAUCAGUUCAUCUCAUUUUAAUUAUAUAACAACCUUUUGUUCGGUGUGUCAAGACAUGUUUACUCAUCGAAUAAUCAAUCUUUGCUCAUCUAAUUGCAUUACUGUACUCUAAAAACACACAGUUAAAGGGUAAUUGAGUUUUUUCCAACCUGGAGCCUAUUAUAUCAUGUUUUUGAGUCUGAGUGACUAAUGGGAACAACAAUUUUGAAACUGGUUCUGUAUUAAGUGACCACUAAGGGCAUUUGUGCACCAUCUAUUUAGGUCGACUAAAGUGUUUGUUUUUUCAAUUGACAGGCGGCGAAAGGAUCCCUACAAAGGACAUCCUUUUUGUUAAAGAGUUAAAUCAUUUUUGUUUAACCAGAAAAAGCCUCGAAAACACUAUCACCAAACCCACCAGACUCCAUUUAAAUAAACAGUAAUUCUGUCAUUUUAAAACACACUUUAUUCAUAGUCCUGGUUAGGUUGAAAUAAACCCUUGAUUCACCUAGUUAAAUGUGAAAAUAUGCUGACUCUAUGCAUGGUAAAAUUAAGCCAUGUCCACUGAGCAGUACAGUUCGGUACGUUUUUUUUCCGUUUCCAUUGUGAAAAGUUGUGGAUGGUACCAAUGAAACUGUUCCGUACUGUCCCCGUUUUUGGUCCCCCCUCUGUUGGGGUACCUAGCACACAGAUCUGGUACUAAAAGGUGGAGCUGUGAACAUUGCAGUGGGUUAAUUGGUCAAAAGCGGAUGGUCACUCUGCUCAGGGCUGAGUUGUGGCUGGUUUUGAGGCUCAUGUAACCACUGUUCAUACCGUGGAGACCAUCAACACACCUUAAAUUUCAAUGUGACAAUAUUGACCAUUACUUUAGUUUUUAUUAUGUCUCUUGGAUGACAUACACUUUCAGUAAUGAGUGGAUCUACAGGCGUUUAAAGAUAUAUACUAAUUUCGACAAGAUUAUGUGAACUGCAUAUAUUCUACCCCGUUGUGCGGACAAUAAACGAGGUGCAGACUAAUAAAGGAAGAAAUACUGUGAGUGCUGGACGGAGCAGUGAGUGACAACAGCCCCGCCUACAUUUAAAGGUACUGUUUGCAGUGGAAACGCUAGGGUCUAGGUACCAAGUCUGAAGGGUUACUUUUGGUUACAAAGGUACCAUACUGAACAUUUUGGGUGGAAAUGGGGCUUUAGUUUUUAAUUUAAAUGGAGCCUGGUGGCCUUGGCGAUAAUGAUUUUGAGGCUGAUUCUGAUUAAACAAAAAGGAUCCUUCUCUUUAGCAAAAAAGGUCCAUCUCCUUUGGGAUCAUUUCUAUAAUGUUGUCAGACACUUAAAAUAAUAAUCAGAGCCUGUCUGUGCCAAAAACAAACACUUUUAGUGGACAUUCACUGACAGUGCACAAACGUCCUAAGUAGUUAUAAUGCAGUCUGUUUCACCGCUGCAUCUGUCUCACUUACAACUGGACCAAUUUCAAAAAAAUUAUUGUUCCCAUUAGUUACUUAGACACAAAACACAGGAAAAUUGGGUCCACGUGAAAAGAUACCAAAAUUACCCCUUAAGGUUUUACCCAAAUAGGAAAUUCUGGGAGUCCUCAUUUUAGUGUGAAUGUCAACAUCAACCUCUGCAUUAUCCCAUGUUAGUACAUUAAGCUGACCACGGUAGAAUCAAUGCUGUCUCUACCUUACUGAUUGUAUAGCACUGUAAAUCAGUCCUCAUCAAGAUCAUCAAGUAAUAACAUGUUUACUGAUUGUGAAUGGUUGUGCCAUUUGAAUCAUUUUUGAUACACUGUAGUUCAACUAAACCCAUAUUUUUAUAUAUACUGUAUGUACUUCGACACUUCUCAAUGUCUGAUUUUGUCCUUUUGUGUCUUUGAAGUUGAGCAUAAUAGUAUGUACAUAUUUUAAGGACAGAAUUGUAAUUUCCUUUACUAAUAUAUGGAAAACUCUUUGUUACAAUUGGGGUCUUCUGUAUCUCUGUAGAACGCUUGCUACCUUGAUGCCAUUGUAAUUCAUCGUUGUCUAUUUUUGUAGAUGUUUUAAUAAAGUUAACCUUUUCAAAUAAAUCAAGAUGUGCUGU